GGAAUGACAGCACUAUCGAGCACAUCAGAACAAGAGUAGUUUCUUUCAAUGUUACCGUAGGGAUGGAAUAUGCUACUGUUAAUGGAAUGGACGUGCUGACAGGAAAUAAAGGUCGUGUUACUAUGGCUAGAGCAAUCCGCAUUCAAGAGGCAAAGAACAUGAUUACAUUAGAAUUCACAUCCAAUAAUACAACAUUCACCUUGAUAUGGGCUCUGAGGAAACACGUCUUAAAUGUAUCUGUACAAGGCUCUGCAUACGAUGGACGUCUAUGUGGUUUGAUGGGUAACGCCGAUGGUGACACCCAUAAUGACUUUCAAACCCCCGAUGGCGCUGCUGUGCUUGACGCUAUUGCGUUCGGAGAAAGCUGGAGAGUGACAGGCCAAAGAUGCGAGUAAUGUCAGAAGAUCGGGAUAUGCCUAAUAUGGAUUUCGGAAUAUAGAUAAAGUCCAGAAAAAAAAGGGUUAUUAAUUGGAAUAUAUUACUUCCAUAUUGGUGGAGGUUUGCCUUUGUCGGUGGUCGUAUAGAAUUAUUUUAGAAUGGUAGUAAAUAAAUGCAUAUUAAUGGAAUAAACAAUUUCAUUAACGAAAA